AUGGCGGGCUCAAUGCAUAUGUCCCGGCUUCGGAAUUGGUUCCUCGCCUCUCCUCCAGCCGAGUACGCCAUCACGACCCUCAAGGAGCUGCUGAUCGGCGCACUCCAAAAGGGCCCUAUUCCCCAGCAUGUGGCCUUUGUCAUGGAUGGCAAUCGACGAUUCGCCCGAUCACACGGUAUUGAGACAGUAGAAGGACACAAUCUGGGCUUCGAAGCUUUGGCAAGGAUUCUCGAAGUCUGUUACAAGAGUGGAGUGAAGGUAGUCACGAUCUACGCCUUCAGCAUCGAGAACUUCAAACGGUCAAAAUUCGAGGUGGAUGCGCUCAUGGAAAUGGCCAAGGUGAAGCUCUCACAGAUGGCCCAGCACGGCGACCUGCUGGAUCGAUACGGCGCCAAGGUUCGCGUCCUCGGCCGCCUUGACCUCCUCAAGCCCGAUGUGUUGGAAGCCGUAAACAAGGCCGUUGAGAUGACCAGCCGCAACGGAGAACGCGUCCUCAAUAUUUGCUUCCCCUAUACCUCCCGCGACGAGAUCACUACCGCUAUCCGCGACACUGUCGAAGAUUAUAGCACACCUAUCCAACACGCCCACUCCGCCGCUGCAGCUCCUCGCACCCCAUUCUCGGAAUCCCAUAUUACACAUAACAUCCGUGCGCAGACGCUUGGCUCCAAAACGCAUGAUACUCACAGUGAUUCCGAGUCCACGUCCGGCUCCUCCGCACAGGAAGACGAUGCAUCUUGGAAAGACCGUUCAAGUUCAAAUCGAAUUUACGAGUCCGGAUCAUCAUUCUCUUCUUCCACGACUCUCCACCUCGGUCAAGAACCGAAGGGCUCGCCACAUCGUUCCGCGGAAGACAGCCCUCUCUACAUAUCACCCGAGACCAUCUCCCGCCAAACUCUAAACGACCGCAUGUUGACCAAGGGCACACCUCCCCUGGACAUGCUCGUGCGCACCUCGGGCGUGGAACGCCUGAGCGACUUCAUGCUUUGGCAGACGCACGAGAAUACCGAGAUCGUGUUCCUGGACGUCAUGUGGCCCGAGUUCGACCUUUGGCACUUCCUACCCGUGCUUCUAGGAUGGCAACGACGGAUCUCCAAGUCCCGGCAGGACCCCAAUGCCGAGGGGAACUUUGCUGGCGAUGAGGAAAUGGACGUGCUGCUGCGUCAAGGUGGAAAGAUCAAAGACAUAUAA